AUGCCCUUCUAUGAGAUCCACCACAUAUGCCAGCUCACAGCCUCACAGAAGGAAGAGCUAGCAGGGGCAAUCACUGAGAUCCACUCGACACUCUUCACCACACCCAGGCUCUUCGUCAAUGUGUCAUACACGGAUGCUUCGAGCCAGGACCUCUUCGUAGCCGGGAAGAAGAAGCCCGGAAAUCAUAUCAGAGGCCAUGUCCGCAACGGACCUGGUCGCAAAAGGUCAGACUGGCAGCAACUCUGCGGCCGAGUGACCCAAGAAUGGGACAGAAUCAUCGGGAGCGGCUUGCCCAAGGUCAGACGGGGUGACGCGGACCAGGAUACCAGUCUUCGGAGCUGCAUAUUACUGGGCGAUCUGCUCUUUGGCACUGAGCUUGGUGUGGCUUUCCCGGAAGCGGGAGGUGAUGCGCAAUGGUUGGAGGACAAUUGGGAGGAGUUCAGUAAGCGGGCAGAUAAUGGUGAUGAGGAGAUGAGAGAUAUGUUGAAGGAAUGUAAGGAGCGAGGGCUGGUGGGCGAGACGAAUGGCAUGACGGCGCAGCAGAAGUUGGAGGAAGCACUGGGAUGGGGCGAGUCGGCCUGA